CACGGCUCAUUCCUCUCGCAGGAGUCGUCGUAUUCGUUUGCACUGAAAUGCCUUAUCAGCCUCUCGACCCUCAUCCUCCUGGGGCUCAUCGUCAUGUACCACGCCAGGGAGAUCCAGCUCUUCAUGGUGGAUAACGGCGCCGAUGACUGGCGCAUCGCCAUGACCUACGAGCGCAUCUUCUUCAUCGCGCUGGAGCUGAUCGUCUGCGCCAUCCACCCCAUCCCUGGGCAGUACCUGUUCACCUGGACAGCACGUUUGGCCUUCACCUAUGCUGCUUCCGUGGCCGACGCCGACGUGGACAUCAUCCUGUCCAUCCCCAUGUUCCUGCGGCUCUACCUGAUCGGGCGCGUGAUGCUGCUGCACAGCAAACUCUUCACCGACGCCUCCUCCCGCAGCAUCGGGGCCCUCAACAAGAUCAACUUCAACACUCGCUUCGUCAUGAAGACACUCAUGACCAUCUGCCCUGGCACUGUCCUCCUGGUCUUCAGCAUCUCCUCCUGGAUCAUCGCUGCCUGGACCGUCCGGGCUCUGAGCAGGUACCACGACAAGCAGGAGGUGACCAGCAACUUCCUGGGGGCAAUGUGGUUUUUUUUUAUCGGCUACGGGGACAUGGUGCCACACACCUACUGCGGGAAGGGCGUGUGUCUGCUCACUGGCAUCAUGGGAGCUGGUUGCACUGCUCUGGUUGUCGCCGUCGUGGCCCGAAAACUGGAGCUCACCAAAGCAGAGAAACACGUCCACAAUUUCAUGAUGGAUACGCAGCUGACGAAGCGGGUGAAAAAUGCUGCUGCCAACGUACUCAGGGAAACGUGGCUCAUCUACAAACACACCAAGCUGGUGAAGAAGAUCGACCAUGCCAAAGUUCGGAAACACCAGCGUAAGUUCCUCCAAGCCAUCCAUCAGCUGAGGAGUGUGAAGAUGGAGCAGAGGAAGCAACGCUCUGGUGGACCUGUCGAAGGGUAGCGACGCCAGAACAUCAUGUACGACAUGGUCUCGGAGCUGCAGGAGCGCCACGAGGACCUGGAGAAGAGAC